AUGGCUGAAUACACUGUCUUCUACGGCACCUUUGUGCACCUCCCGCGGGCGACGCCGUCCACGACGAAGCAUGAACUGUCCAUCCACCACGGCGCGCUGUGGGUGUCUGUCCAGGAUGGGCGCAUCGAGGGGUUCGAUUGGAGCGUUGCCAGCGAGGACGACCUCGUCGCGUUGAUGCGCAAGCACGGCUGGUCCGUGGAUGGUAGCUCCGGGACAAAGGUUACUCUUGUCAGAGCGCGAGAGGACCAGAAUGAGUUCUUCUUCCCGGGGUUUGUCGAUACACAUAUCCAUGCGCCGCAGUAUCCCAACUCUGGUGUCUUUGGGUCUUCUACUCUUCUUGACUGGCUCAAUACCUAUACAUUUCCCCUUGAGGCCUCCUUCGGCGGCAGCAGCAGCGAAGUCGCACCCCCGCGCGCCCACGCAGCCUACAAGCAGAUCGUCCAGCGUACACUGGCGAACGGCACCACCUGCGCCUCGUACUUCGCGACCAUCCACGUCCCCGCUACGAACCUCCUCGCGACCCUCUGCCACCAGCUCGGCCAGCGCGCCCUCGUCGGCCGCGUCUGCAUGGACAACCCAGCCUUCUGCCCAGACUACUACCACGACGAAAACGCCGCCGCAGGCAUCACAGCCACCAAAGCGACCAUCGCGCACAUCCACAGCCUCCCAGACCCCGACCGACCAACGUCUACACCCCUAAUCCAGCCCAUCAUCACCCCCCGCUUCGCCCCAACCUGCACGCCCCAAUCCAUGACAGACCUCGCCCACCUCGCCCAGUCGCACACGCCCCCACUGCACAUCCAAACGCACAUCUCCGAAAACACCAACGAAGUAGCCCUCGUGCGCGAGGUGUUCCCCACCUACGAGAAUUACACCUCCGUCUACGACGCCCACGCUCUCCUUACCCCGCGCACGAUCCUCGCCCACGCCGUCCACCUCAAUCCCGCGGAAAUGGCCCUCGUGCGCACCCGCGGCGCCAAAGUCGCUCACUGCCCUGCCAGUAACUCUGCCCUUGGGUCGGGGAUUUGUCCUGUGCGGACCCUGCUCGAUCGGGGAAUCACUGUUGGAUUGGGCACGGAUGUUAGUGGUGGGUAUAGUGUGUCUGUGCUGGAGGCUGUUCGCUCGGCUUGUUUGGUGUCGCGGUUGUUGCCGCAUACUUCUUCGGCAGAGAGCGACAAGAACGUCGUCCUCACAGUCGAAGACGCACUCUACCUUGGUACACGCGGCGGCGCAGCUGUCGUGGAUAUGGCAGAUGAGAUAGGCGGGUUCGAUCAGGGGAUGUUCUUCGAUGCGCAGCUUGUGCGGCUGGGUGGGGAUGUGGAAUCAUCAUCAUCAUCAUCAUCAUCAUCAUCAUCAUCAUUCUCCUCCUAUAAAGGCCCGGUCGACAUCUUCGGCUGGGAAGGCCCCGUCGAUCGCGUCCACAAGUGGGUGUGGAACGGCGACGACCGGAAUGUGAGGAGCGUGUGGGUGAGAGGACGGCUGGUGCAUUCUCUUGAGUCUAAAUCUGAGUCUGAUAGGGGUGCUGUGUGCAGGGUGGAUGGGAGGGGUGGGAAAUGGGCGGAGUGGGUGCUUGGGGGAUUGGGUGUUUUGGGGGUGGUGGGUGUUUUUUGGGCCAGGAGGGGUUGA